CACGGGGUCUCCAUCACAAUUCCCAAAAGUUCCCAGCGCUCAUUGGAGGUGGAGGUGUUGUUCUUCAGUUGCCGAACAAUCUCUGAAGUUUUACCAAGCCCUGCUCUGUGCUCAUUUGAUCUGCUGUGUGACGAGUGUUCGCAGACGCAUCGGAAGAGGGGAAGAUAUAGUACGCCUUAUUUGUUACGAAUCGAAAGGAAGAUCUGUGGCGAUGAUGAUCAGGGGAAUCUGCCUUCUGGCCACCAUUGCCUGCGCAGUUGGCCAAGCGCCAACAGAAACUGACACAAAGUCCGCCAUGUCCCUGAAGAUCUUAGAGUUAAGACAGGUGACGAGACAGGACGACCCCAGCGGAAAAAACCACAACCUCAAGGUGAUCAUCUCGCCCUACGACCCUCUGCCCCGCGUCACCGAAUGGAGCCUAAUCUUCAGCGGGAACGACCAGGUCUCAACCACAUACACGACAAAAGCCGAUGGACAGGACCCCACAUCGCAGACCGAGUUCAUUUUCGAGGGGAACCUGGUCGAAGCAGGUGUCAUCAGCCUCAUCGCCAAGAACGCCACGGGUAUGGCUGCGAGUUGUCUGCUGAUUCUCCCUAUCACAGAUCUGAAGUCAGACGUCGCAUGGGUAGGCGACUACAAGUCUGGCAAAGCUGCCUCUUUGAGAGUGACACCAGGAGAACUCGUGGACGAAGUUAUGGUGGAUCAGCAAUUGUGCAAGUACAGCCAAAGCCCCUGCUACUACAUUACACCCAAGCCUCAUCCAACCAGCUUUGAGAGGUGUCACUUUCUCAUAGAAGGGUUUAAAUUAUGUGACGAUAGAGUGAUAUCAUACAGUGAGCCAUCUUCCCUUCCUGCCAUCUUCUUAAAAGACAACAAGUUCCUCGAGGUAGAGGUUACUCACAAAACAGGGGAGGUGCCUGUCAUGGAGGUUGUAGCCUAUGACCCACAAGACCACAACCAAGUGUUCACCAGAUUCCCAUACCGAUGCCUCUUCCCAGUUGGGUCUGAAUGGCAAGACAUGGACACCAUUCAGUGUAGAGCAGAGCUGACAGUGCCUGGAAACUCGACAAACAUGAUGGUCCUCGUAGUGACACUCGACGAGGAGGGCGAUGUUGUAGAAUCUAGUCUUCAGUUUUAUGGUGAUUCCUCUCCUCUUCCACCAAGCAGUAACACAGGGGUCAUUGUGGGAGCCAUCUUCGGAACUCUCAUUGGCUUAACUAUUGUUGUAUUCAUGAUUAUCUGUUGCAUGAAGAAGAAAGACGAGAAGAGAGCAAAGACAGACAGAGGGGGCUCUGCCGUCUACCAAACAACCACCACUACAGACCCAGCGGAAGCAUAAGAGGAAACGGCAAGUGAAAAUAAGGGUGUUCCCGCACUAUAUUAAAAAACAUGUCAUAGGCAAGUCAGAAACUCAUCACAAAGAGGUUGACAACAAGUCAAUGACUGUAAGUAAGAACGAACCUUUGGCAGAUGCUGGGUAAUCAUGUGAAACACUGGCUAAGAUUUCUGAUGAUAAGUUGUCGACUGACCUUCAACCUGUUUGUUAUGUGUGUGACAUGUUGCCAACGUGUGUUUAUGACAUGUUUUCCUGUAGUGUGGACGUACCUUAAGAGUGAAUCUUUUUAUUUUCACAAUAGGGAGAACUCACUUUAAAUACUAUAAAAACUAUGAAAGGGAUAGUUAGAAAAGGUAUAUUCAACUUCAAGAGAACUUUUCCUGUUGUUGUUGUGACUGAAAACUUACCCCUUCUCUAAACAUUGUAACAAGAACUAUCUUUUAAAAUCGUCCAAAAUGUAUUGAUGUAUUUCAGAAACUUCAAGCAUGUUUAUUAAAAGAAAGUACCCUCAGUUUUAUUUUAUGUACUUGUAUAUUUAAGUUUCAAUACACUUUAUUGUUCUUUUCUUUGUAAGGUUGUUUCCUUGAAAUAAUGUACAGGAGUCUGUGAAGAAGACUGCUAAAUUGAAAUAAGGUUGCAUUACCAAAUACAACCAUGGAUAUGGUCACCAAAAGCACAUGUUUUCUGCACUGUUAUACUUCACCAUUAGGUUAAAUGUAGUUGUGCUGUUUACUGACAAACUUCAUUAUUUCAGUUUCAGCAGAAUUCGCCACAAUUCUUUAAUUACCAAUAUAUUUUAUAUUUUUCUAAUAAAAUAUUAUGCAAACUGA